AUGGUCGCCAAGGUUUGUACGAUUAUUUUGGCUCUCUUAAUAAAUGUUCACAGCAGCUUUCAAAACGGAAGUGCAGUGAAUAAACUCAGGGUAAAUGCAGCUAUAGCUACACCAUGGCCAAUGCCACAAAGUUAUUCAUCGCAAUCAAUGACCAACAACGUUGAUGCAGCCACAUUUAAAUUCAGUGUUGUAAAUGAAGCGAUCUUUUCUUGCACAGUGUUGCAAGAAGCCUUCAAAAGAUACGAACCUCUGAUAUUUGGAAGACGUCCAGAAACGCUGUAUUUUCAUUCUCAAGCUCGUAGAAAUGUUGGAGUAUCUGGUGAUAUUGAUGAAUUGGUAGUACAACUUGGUAAACCUUGUAAUGAUGUGGAUGCACCAUCUUUACAAUCCGAUGAAUCAUAUAAGUUAACCGUUCAAAAUGGACAGGCAAUGUUAUCAGCUAACGAGUUAUGGGGUGUUAUCAGAGGUUUAGAAACAUUCAGUCAGAUUGUUUAUCAAAGCCCUACUGGAGGG